AUGCAGAGACCUACGAGCACUGAGGACAUUGACGAAGUCGGCGCUUGCCACGCCGCUUGGGCGAGGAUCCUCGGCACUGUUGGCGAGUUGGCCGAUGCCGGUGUCGGCGAACUGAUCGGCGAACACUAUAUGCCCUCGCCGCCGGACGAGUCUUGGGGAAGCUGCUCCGUCGCCGCGGCUAUCCCAUUCGGCGGGACUCGCAAGGCCGGGGAAUACUCUCCGUGA